AAGAAGGAGUGCGCGGCCGAGCACUCUGUCAGUUGCAGCCACCAUGUCACGCUCGCGGGUUCUCUCCUCCCCGAUGGCCGCCACCGCCGCCGUGGUCGCCGUGGUGCUCCUCCUGGCCGCGCCCGCCUGCUGGGGAGCGCCCGCGACGGACGCGGCCGACAAGGCCCUCGUCGGCGAGAAGCAGGCCGCGCUGUACGAGGCCGCCGACACCACCGGGCCUGUCGGCAACAGGAAAGACCGACAGAAGAAGCAAACCACCACCGUCUGCAUCCAGGUGGCUCCAGUCCAACCGGGCGGCUCGCCGGCGGUGCUCUGCGGUGACAGGACACAGAUCGCAGAGGAGCAGAGACGGCUCCAGCAGACGCCCGUGUACCAAGUGCAGCAGCCCCAGCACGGCUACUAUGGCUCCCCGCACGUCGUCCAGAUCGUGCCGGCGACCGACACCCUGACCGUCAACGCCCCGGGCCAGCCAGUGCUCCAGCGCACCCAGAGCAUCGUCAUCAACCCCGGCUUCUCGUCGCCCUCGGACACCUUCAGCAUCUACGCCAAUAACCCGUUCAUGCGCAGCGCCGACUCUGGCGUGCCUGCCAGCGGCCCCGCCCCCGCGGCCGCGCCCGCCCCCGCCGCGUCGGCCCCUGCGGCCGCCCCCGCCGAGUCUGCCCCCGUUUCGUCCGCCCCCGUUGCGUCCGCCCCCGCGGCUGCCAAAACGCUGGCUCCUGCACCACCGAGCCAGGCCGUGAGAGACAUCUUCGCCAACCCCAGCAACGCCCCUGCACCCGCUGCCGCCCCUAAGGCUGCUCCUGCGGCCGCCCCCGCCUCAGCCGCUCCCGCCGCCCCCGCUGACCCCGCUGACCCUGCUGCUGCCGCUGCCACCGCUCCGGCCGCUGCCCCUGCCGCUCACCAGACCCAGGCGCGUUCCUUCGGUGACCAGGAGAUCAUUGUGUCUUCCCAGCAGGGCGGACUCCACCGGCCCUACGGCCCCUACAGCUCCGGGACCCAGCAGGUGUCGGUGAUCCAGCAACAGGACCCUUACCUUCACCGCGGCUCACAGGUGGACAUUAUCACCAAUUCCGGUAUGGGAGGCAUGGGCGGUGGCUUCCUCCACUCUGGCCCACCCAUGAUCGGCGGCAUGAACUACCGUGCUGCCGAGUCCGCCGACUUCGCUCCGUCGGCGCCGCCAGCCCCUGAAUCGUCUCAGAAACAGCAGCAGGCCAGGACUGCGCUGCUGCAGCCCAUCGUGAUGAAGAAGGACCUCGUGAUCCCCGCGGUCGGCGCCGCCUCCUUCGGCGCCGCCGCCUACGCCCCCGUCUCCCUCGCCCCCGUGCGUACCCAGUUCAUCGCCCCCGUCAGCGCCAGCUCUGGGCUUGUCAACCUGGCCGCCUACGCAGCACCCACUGCUCAGCGGCAGGAGGUUGGCGUCAGCGGAAUAGCCACGAUCCCCGUCGGCGGCGGAGCUACCGUCCCCGUCACCCUCAACUGUGACCUCAGCACCUUGGCCCUCAGGGGACUGCCUCAGCAACCUCAGGCCAAUGGCGCCCCGGUGCCGGUGACCGCCGAGGCCUCCGCCAGAGCCGCGCACGAGAAGCAGAUCGAAGACCUCACCAACCUCGUCAAGGAGAUGCGGGCUCGCGCCAGCCAGGACCAGUCCGCCGCCGCCCCGAGCCUGCAGGCCCUCGCGCAGGAGGCGGACAAGGCGCGCGCCGCGGUGGAGGCACAGACCGAGUCCAAGACCGCGCCCAGCGCCCCGCCGGCGAGCCUGCAGGACAUGACCCCCGGACAGCUCCAGGACCGCAUGCGCAGCGCGGGUCAGGCCCGCUACUUCCCCGACCCCAGCCCCAUCCACUCGUCGUCCGUGGUCGUGGGCAUGUCGCCGGGCAUGCAGAUCGGCCGCAAGCAGACGACCGUCAUCAGUAGCGGCGGCGGCGCGGGCCAGCAGAACUACUUCCCCGAGUCUAGGCCCAUCUCGUCAUCCGUGGUCCUGGGCACGUCGCCGGGCAUGCAGAUGGGCCGCCAGCAGACCACCGUCAUCAGUAGCAGCAGCAGGAACAGCGACAUGGACGCGGGCUUGGGCAUGGGCGGUAUGGGCAUGGGCAUGGGCAUGGGUCCUGUCGGUGGUUUCGGCAUGGGCUCUCUAAAUCUUAACGGCCAGGGCUUCGGCCAGCAGGGCUUUGGCCAGGGCAUCAAUGGAGCAGGUUUCGGCGUCGGCGGUCCAGGGCGCCUUGGCAGCAUGAGCACCUUCGGCGGCUUCGGCACGGGUCAAUCGGGUAACUACGGUUCCUACCGAGAGGCUGGUCCUCAGCAGCCUCAGCAGGCUCAGCAGUCUCAGCAGUCUCAGCAGUCUCAGAAGCCCCAGCAAGCUCAACAGUCUCAGCAUGAACAGUUGGCGGCCAGGGCGGCCGAAGCAGAGGCGUAUAUGAAGCAGAUCAAACAGGCGCAGGACGCCCUGGUCGCCCAGCUCACAUCCAGAGCGACGGCGCCUCAGCAGCCCCAGCCUUCUCAGCCUUCUCAGCAGCCCCAGCAGCCUCAGCAGCCUCAGGAGUCUCAGCAGACACUGGCGGCCAGGCAGGCCGAGCAAAAGGCUAACCUGGAUAGAAUGCGUAAAGUGCAGGCCGAACAACUCAGCUCUGGCAGCUACGGCAGGGCGUCGCAGGGUCCGUCUCAGCCCCUCGUCUCCCAGCUCACCUCCGGCAACACCGGCGCCCCCAGCUCCGUGACGUCACAGCCUCAGGGUCAGCUCGACAAGCCCAGGGCCAGCUCCGAGGAACAGAUCAUCCAGCCCGCCGACGGCGCGCCCAGGUCCAUGACACAGCAGGAGCUUUUGCAGCACCUGCGCGAGGCCGAGGAGGACCUCCAGAGGGCGCGAGCGGCCACCCUGCCCCGGGAGGAGCCCCAGCAGCAGGCCACGACGGCGACACUCAGCACGCCGACCAGCACGUCUGCCGACAGCUUCCCACCCACCCCCGGCUACAGGCUCUUGUCUGCCAGGGAGAAGGAGGCCUUCACCAAUGCCCCACGAUACUUGUCCGCCCCUCUGUAAUUCAUCAACGUCCCAUUCAUAGUUUCCAAUAAUUUUUUUUUAUGUGUUAUUUUUUUAUUUUUUACAAACCGUCCGAUUAACAUUUUUUUUUACAUUUUGUGUUGAUGUUUUUGCUGUCAAUGAACGACGUGUGUUGACUGCCCAAUAAAAGUACAAACGUUGGACGAAACAAAUCUUGGUACAAAUGACUGAUGUCAAACCCAUUUGAAAUUCAAAUA